UACCGCCAAAGCACGACUUCUUCGAGCCGCACGUCUUUGCUCCCACGUAGAAGAUUUCGACAAAGAACGAUUGAAUAUUGAAUUCACCUUACUACUGAAUGGCUAUCCGCCAAGAUUCAUCGCCUAUCAUUUCAAACAAUUCUUUCAGCAGAAUAAUGUCGCAUGCUUGACAGACAAUUUAGAUGAAGAUGUAUAUGGAUCAUUACAUCGACAGUUAUUGGUACGACCAACACGACGAGAAAAACAACAACAGCAACAGAACACCACCUCUAGUGUCGAUCCAUCACCAAUGGCGAAUCAAAACAUCCUAUGGCAAAAGCAUUAUGUCGAUAACAAUCCACAAAUGCGCAAUGUUCGUCUCAGCGUCAACUCAAAGAGUAAUCGAAAUCUGACGCAAUUACUCGUGAAGAAGAAACCACCAAAAGAGCUGCUGAUGUAUGUCAUACCGGAAAAUACUACGAUUGGGAAUUGAUAUACACGUCUUGUAUUCGAAUAAAUGUGUUUACAUAGAGACUUCCAUGUGUCGGGACACAGUUAUUCCUUCUAUUGCUCUUUGUUCUAUACUAGUUGACGUUAUUCCAUAUUACUCUUCGAAUCAUAUACAAGAUCCUUAUCUCGGAAGUGUCAACAUUUCAUUUUCUAUUAUUUCUUCUUCUAGAUAUACAUCGCAUACUUUAUAGUUUCUCAUCGUACAAAAUCAAAUUCGGACAAUUCGAUGUGAGUAGGG